AUGAAUCUCCUGUGGCUUCUCUUCACCAUAUUCUUUUCUUCCUUCGUGCGACGUUGUUAUGCAUAUGGAGAACGAGGUGUCCCUGAACGUUUUACCAGGGCCCUAUACUACCUUUCGUAUCUCGCAGAAGGAGAACUACACAAGCUUGAUGAGUCGACAAAGUUCACGAUUGCUCCUGACUGCGUCGGUUCACGUGGUGGGCGGUGUAACUUUGAGGAGCUUAUGCUACACAUUUGGGCACCGAAGAAAGAAGGCGACAAAAAGCCGACCGGCUUUAAGAAGAUCGCCGGAAUAGACGCCAAGAACCUUCCAAAUCUGGAAUCAACAUCGGCUUUUAACAAGUUUAUCGGAGGCAUUGAGAAUGCGAGAUUCAACACCGGUGAGCUCCUCACUGGUCAAGUCGACGUUGGCAAGUUGAUGCCGGGCAAAGCCGAUUUCUACGACGCACUUUCAUCUAUUGGCGACCCUAUCGGAGCUCUCGCGGCCAAGGCAGACAAAGAUAAAAAGCCGGACGAAGGAGCUGUACCAAAAAAGCCAACUGACCAAGACAAGUUGCUUAAGUUGGGCAAAGCUUCGGCAUUCUACAUCAGUGCCCUUCGAGGAAAAGACCAGGACAAACACAGACGCGUCUUUUUAGAGAAGUACUUUGAGAAAAAAUUUCCCUCGGAAGAAGGUAAAGAGAAGAUUAAGAUUGAGAUUGAAAUGAUGAAUGUGGAGACACCUAUGGACAAGAAAGAACCGGAAGAGGACAAAACCAAGCGGAAGGGUAAGGUACCUAAAUGGGUGCCUCAAUCGGUUCCAAUGAUCGACUUCGCAAAGACAAUUGAAAAGAACAAGGACAAACUAGAAAGACUUGAGGAGGAGCUCGAAAAAGCGAAUGCCGAAUUCAUGGCAAAAGAAACAGAAACGAACGGAAAGAUGGAGAGGCUCAACGAGGCGCACAAAAAGGCCUUCGUAGCAUCCAAGAUGGCAGCUACGGCCACAGGAUGCACUCGGGAACUUCCUCGCGAACUGAAGAAGCGGGACCCAUUAGCUGAGUUGAGUUUACGAUCUCCCAAGGCAGCCAGGUUUUCUGCAGGGGAUGUGAUCAGGAAGAAGAAAGAAUGGAAAGAUUGGGUAGAAAGAGAAGUGAUGAUAAUAGAUACAUAG